AUGAUCUCAGUCAUCCUGCGCAACAUCUUCCAAUUUCAGGUGCAGGAGGUGGUGCAGCUGACGCAGCUCUUCCGCUCCUGCCAGCGCGUCUACCUCGAGCGGAUGACCGACGCGACGCGCGUCGAUCCGCAGUUUGUCAUCACCUUCGAUGAGGACCUGCUGAAGGAGGAGCUGCUGCUCGAUAGCCACGACUUCGGCAGCAGCGGCAGCAGCAANCUCGAUAGCCACGACUUCGGCAGCAGCGGCAGCAGCAACAGCAGCUCCGGCAUUCGUCUGAUGAGCGACGAUUCGGUCUUCUUCGAACAGGGAACAAGCCAUCAGCAGCAGCAGCAGCAGCAGCAGCAGCUUCAAAAGCAGGCGCAGCUGCCCAUGGACGACCAGCUGGCGCUGGACGCCCAGCACAACGCCCACCUGCGCGAGCGGCAGGCGGAGAUGAACGCCAUCCUGAAGAGCUUCGCCGAGCUGAACACCCUCUUCCAGGAGGUGAACACGCUGGUGGUGGACCAGGGCUCCGCCCUCGACCGCAUCGACUACAACAUUGAGCAG